AUGGCACCAUCGCAAUUCACCCUAGAAAAGGUCACAGUGGAAGAUGUUCCCGCAAUGACUGAAAUUUGGUUCGCAGCGUUCUCACUACCACGCGUCCGUGAAGUCAUCCCCGACACUCCAAGUGUCCGAAAGUGGUUCGCAGACUGUGCAAUCAACGACAUCACCGAGCGCCCAUACCAGACUUAUCUGAAGAUUCUCGAUCCGGAAACCAAAGACAGCGAGGGAAGGCCCCGCAUGGUCGCAUGGGGGAAAUGGGAUCAAUCGAUGCCCAACGAACGCGGUCUGCGUUUCUUUCUACCCUGGGCCGAGGAUAUGAUGGCCGACCGAUGUAAUCUGGUAUUUGAUGGGUAUGAGAAAAAUCGGAAGAAAGUCAUGGGAGAGGAGAGGCAUAUUUUCCUGGAUACAUUGUGUACGCAUCCCGAUUACUGGAGGCGUGGGGCCGGGUCUAUGAUUGUGAAGUGGGGUUGUGAUCUUGCUGACAAGGAGGGGGUUUCUGCUUAUUUGGAUUCGAGUAAGGAGGGCGCGCCUCUUUAUCAGAAGUUUGGGUUCGUUGAUGAGGGGACUGCGGAAGACUUUAGUGCACCUAUGGCUAGGAGGAAGCGCUGA